AUGAGACCUAGUGGAAUAAACCUUAAAAAAUUUUGCAAAUAUUUAAAUGAUAACGCAAUUACUGCAGAAGAUUAUGUUUUUUGGUACGAAAAAGCAUGUCAAAUUGAUCCAUCCAACAUCUAUAGUCAAUAUCUUAUUGCGCAAUGUACAGAAAUCGGUAAAGGAGUCGCCAAAAAUCAAGUGGAUGCUUAUAAAUUAUACGAGAAAUUUGGGCGUACCGGAAAUUAUUUGUGCAAAUAUAAACUUGCUUUACUAUCUACUACUAAUCGACCAGCCAAUCAUUUGAAGUCGUUUACUUUGAUCAAAUCGGCUGCUGAAAAUGGGCACAGCGCAGCACGAAGACGUUUGGCAUUUAUUUAUAUGAUUG